GUGCGUCACAGAAUGGCCUCGGACACCCAGGCAGACCCUGACGUGUCGGGGAGGAGCCGGGCGCGGAGGUACGCGGAGUGGAGCUCGGGGCUGCGGAGGGGAGCCGAGCUGAGCGGCUGGGCGGGCCUGGCCAGGCCAGCGGAGCGGAGUCGUCUGUCGAGCGGCGGCGAACAUGCGCUUUUGACACAUUGGAGGCUUUCUUGAUCAUGGAUGGUGAAGAUAUACCAGAUUUUUCAAGUUUAAAGGAGGAAACUGCUUAUUGGAAGGAACUUUCCUUGAAGUAUAAGCAAAGCUUCCAGGAAGCUCGGGAUGAGCUAGUUGAAUUCCAGGAAGGAAGCAGAGAAUUAGAAGCAGAGUUGGAGGCACAAUUAGUACAGGCUGAACAAAGGAAUAGAGACUUGCAGGCUGAUAACCAAAGACUGAAAUAUGAAGUGGAGGCAUUAAAGGAGAAGCUAGAGCAUCAGUAUGCACAGAGCUACAAGCAGGUCUCAGUGUUAGAAGAUGAUUUAAGUCAGACUCGAGCCAUUAAGGAGCAAUUGCAUAAGUAUGUGAGAGAGCUGGAGCAGGCCAAUGACGACCUGGAGCGAGCCAAAAGGGCAACAAUAGUUUCACUGGAAGACUUUGAACAGAGGCUAAAUCAGGCCAUUGAACGAAAUGCGUUUUUAGAAAGUGAACUUGAUGAAAAGGAAUCUUUGUUGGUCUCUGUACAGAGGUUAAAGGAUGAAGCAAGAGAUUUAAGGCAAGAACUAGCAGUUCGAGAAAGACAACAGGAAGUAACUAGAAAGUCGGCUCCUAGCUCUCCAACUCUAGACUGUGAAAAGAUGGACUCUGCUGUCCAAGCGUCACUCUCUUUGCCAGCAACCCCUGUUGGCAAAGGAACGGAGAACACUUUUCCUUCACCAAAAGCUAUACCAAAUGGUUUUGGUACCAGUCCACUAACUCCUUCUGCUAGGAUAUCAGCACUGAAUAUCGUGGGGGAUCUCUUACGCAAAGUCGGGGCUUUAGAAUCCAAAUUAGCAGCUUGCAGGAAUUUUGCAAAGGACCAAGCAUCACGAAAAUCCUAUAUUUCAGGGAAUGUUAACUGUGGGGUGCUGAAUGGCAAUGGCACAAAGUUCUCUCGAUCAGGGCACACAUCAUUCUUCGACAAAGGGCAAGAAAAAGUCAUAUUUCCCACGUUGUUCAUGGGGCAGUAAACGGCUUUGACCCAGCUCCUCCUCCUCCUGGUCUGGGCUCCUCGCGCCCCUCGUCAGCACCGGGUAUGCUGCCUCUCAGUGUGUGAGUGCCCAGCCUCCAGGUGGGGGCUCCUGCCCUCCUCCAACAACCCAGGACACCCACGCCUCACCCCUUGGUGCCUGGGCCCGGCCCCAUGCCCCUCCGUCUGCCUCCGCACGGCUGGCAGAGGGCAGGCUGCAUGCAGUGGCGGCUGCUGGGCCCUGCCCAGCCCCGGGACUCUGCGCGAUAUCAAUACUGGCUAUUUUCUCUUCUCGCCGUAGUGCCGUUGGUUUCACAUGAUUGCACUUUUGUGGGUCACAAGGUGAUACAUACGUGUAUUACUUGGUCACUGGAUGCAGAAGUACCCAUUCAUCACACCUGCCUCAUAGUCCCCACUCUGCUGUACUGAUAGGAUUUAGUUGUGUUUAGGACAUUGCAAAUCUUCUAGAAGUUCUCCCCAAAUCAGGUCAGUGUGUGCCCUCCGGAGCUCCCACCCAGGCAUCUCCAGUGCUCAUGAUCAUGUGUCCCCCACUCCGCCCCUCACAGUUUGGGCCUGUUUCUGGCCAAGAGUCAGGAAGGUUACUGAAUUAGGGAAUGUUUUCUGCACCUUCUGAUUUUACUUCAGCAGCUACCAUUCCAUGGACUUACCUCCCAGAGCAGCACAACGCCCGCCUGAGCCCCACGUGGCAGGGCCUCUGGGGCAGGGCACACACAGGCCGAGCCUCUGUGCUGUCUCCUCCUCCCUGCGCCUCAGACUCGGGGUGAGGGAGCGGGGCAGCCUCUCGCCAGCCUUCCGUUUCUUUAGUUCAACAAUGUCUUCAUCUUCAGAGCGUUUUUGUUUUCUCUUCCAAGGGCCAGUCCUGUUGUGUUAGGAAGGAUGAGUGGCUCCAGGGCAGGCUGGCGCCGGCUCUGGGGGCGGACUGAUAAUGGUGGUUGUCCCUGUGCAUCCUUUGAUUACUCUCAUGCUGCAUUUACUGUUUACAUUUGUUUUAUUGUACAUAGGUUUGUAAACAUUAUUGCCUAAGAUAUUUGUAUAUAACUUGGGCUUUGUAGCUUUUAUUUAUUCAGAACUCACAUGGCAUGUUAAUGACUCUGAUGGUGUCCUACUCUGGGCAGCUGUAUAGGAUCAUCAUGUGGUUACAAAAAAUACUUCCCCUCAAAAACAGUCUUUUAAUGUGGAAACAAUAAAUUUCACAGAAAAAAAGGA